AUGGGGGAUAAAGAAUCAGCCAACUCUCUUCCUCCCUCCUCCUCCACCCUCUCUAACACCUCCUCCACCAUUCUUUCCAUACCAGCUCCACUCAAAUUUCUAGUCUCUAACAUUAAAAAUCUUGUUCCACACCCUCUCACAUCCGACAAUUAUGCUAUAUGGUGGAUGCAAAUUCUCCAACAAUUCUCCGCCAACGGCUACGCUGGCCAUCUCAACGGGGCCACCACUUCUCCCACCGACGUUGCAUCUACCGACUAUACUCGCUGGCGUCUUGUUUACAACAAUCUUCUUUCCGCCCUGUUCUCCAUGAUCUCUCAAUCUAUCUUACCGUAUAUCAUCUCCUCCACUACCGCCCAAGAUGCUUGGUCGGUUCUUGAACGACGUCUCCAACCCACCAGCCGAUCUAGCAUCAUCCAACUCAAAAACAAACUUCAUCACAUCCAACUGAGGGAUAGUACCAUGCAACAAUAUCUUGCCCAAAUAAAAUUCAUCAUUGAUAACAUUGCCUUCUCCGGAUCAAAAAUCGAUAUGGAAGACAUCAUUCUUUACAUCCUUAAUGGGCUUCCACCCACUUAUAACUCAUUCAAGACUACUAUAUGCACAUCUCUUCUCCCUAUAGACCUUGACAGCUUCUAUUCUAUUCUCUGUAGCGAGGAGAUCAAUCUCCAACAAGAAAAUCUUAAAGAAAUUUUGGCAGGUUUGGUGGCAAUAACCCUCUACUCAUCUUCCUACUACCAAUCCUGCGGACGAAAUCAGAAAAGAUUCUUCAAGAACAAGAACUCGCCGGCACCAUCCAACAAUCCUUUAAAUCAGUCUGCACCAUCCGCCUCCACUGCUUUCGCAAGACCAACCUACCAAAUCUGUGGUAAAACUGGUCACAUUGCUCUCAAUUCCAAGCAUCAAUAUAUAAAACUUCAAGUACGCUCCCACUGCUUCAAAACCACCACGUGCUCUUCUUUCCCAUCUGACUGCUUCCGUUACCGAAGACUAGGUUCUUGA